AUGAGAAAUGAACGUGAAAAUAAACCAGUAAAGGUUGAGAUGGUAGCUAAUAAAAAAGGUGUAGUAGUACCAAAAACACGUUCUCGACCAUCUUCAUAUAUUCCAAAUAACGAUGAAAACGAUGAUAUAUGGCUUAGUGAUGAUUUAUCAUAUUCAGCUUAUCCUAGAGAACCCCCUAAUUUUGCUUACAAUAUUGUACCUCCACUUCAUGAAUCACCUUCUCUUGCUUCCUUGCCCAGCAAUAGACAAAAUUUAUUAAAUGAAGGUUUGUCUCUAUCACCCACAAUAAUUCGUCAUGGUCUCAAAAGGCGUGAACAAAAUAAUGGAGAAAUUUCAAAAAAGUUAAAAUUAAACAAAGUAACCAAGUCCAAAAUUCCUAUUUUUAAAAGGAAUAAACAAAAGAAAAGAGUGACUGUAACACCUACAGUACAACAAGAAAUAAAUGAACCAGCAGCAGUUUCUGCACCCUUAAGAAAUUCUCCCCCUAUUCCACUCACUGUUUCAAAGAGAGAGAAUGAUUCAGAUGAUUUUAAUGUUGUAAAAAGAAUAAAAAAACAUGAUAAAGCGAGGGAUAAAGAAUUAUUAGAAAAUGACCGAGAAUUAAGACGCAAGGAAGCCCUUCGAAUCGAUAAAAAAAGAAAAUUUAUACAAAGAAAAAAUGAAAUUAUAAAACAAAAAGUCCCUCUUGAUUAUUACGAAAUACAACGAUUAAACCAACUAAGUAAACCUCCCGGUAAGAAUAUCAAAAGAAAUGGUAUCUCGCCUCCUAGACCUAUAUCUCGUGGUGUUUUUAAAAGAAAAAUUGAGGAUAAUGAAGGUGAUGAUCAGAUUGCUUUAAAAAGAUAUAGAAAACCAGUUUCUAAAAAGGCUUCAGAACAGGCUGCUAAAUUGUGGAUGCAAAGAAUAAAGAUUAGAAAUUUAAAAAAUAAAUGGGCAAAUAGAAAACCGACACAGUCGGAUAUAAAUAAAUUUAAACCAAAGCUUUGGUAG